AUGGACGUCAACCCCGAGAACCUGAUUCCUCUGUUGAGCUGUUCUCUGCUUUUCUAUGAGUGCUUUUUGUCCGGUUCUUACCGCGUUUGCUCUCCCUCUCCUCCUGCCUCUCCCUCCCUCACUUAUUCAUCCUCAGAAACAAGCUGGCUCGGCUCACGAAAAGCCGAUAAUUUGGUUUCUUUUAUUGCUCUAUCUCGGGGUCCCAGCAUGGUCAUGGCGGAUUGUCAGAGGCAGCUGCAGCGGGGUCCCGUCCGGGUGGGCUUUUACGAUAUAGAAGGCACAUUAGGAAAAGGGAAUUUUGCAGUGGUGAAGCUGGCCAGGCAUCGCAUAACCAAAACGGAGGUUGCAAUAAAAAUUAUUGACAAGUCUCAGCUGGAUGCUGUGAAUUUGGAGAAGAUAUACAGAGAAGUGCAGAUCAUGAAAAUGCUUGACCAUCCACAUAUUAUUAAAUUGUAUCAGGUGAUGGAAACUAAAAAUAUGCUCUACCUUGUGACAGAAUAUGCAAAAAAUGGAGAGAUAUUCGACUACCUAGCAAACCAUGGCCGUUUGAGUGAACCUGAAGCCAGGCGUAAGUUCUGGCAGAUUCUGUCAGCUGUGGAGUACUGUCACAGUCGUAAAAUUGUACAUCGUGACCUCAAGGCAGAAAAUCUAUUACUGGACAGCAAUAUGAACAUAAAGAUAGCAGAUUUUGGAUUUGGUAACUUUUACAAAGCAGGAGAGCCCCUUGCAACAUGGUGUGGAAGUCCACCAUAUGCCGCUCCAGAGGUCUUUGAAGGGCAGCAGUACGAGGGCCCACAGCUGGAUAUCUGGAGUAUGGGAGUGGUUCUAUAUGUGCUUGUUUGUGGAGCUCUGCCAUUUGAUGGACCAACACUACCCAUUUUGAGACAGAGGGUCCUUGAAGGAAGGUUUAGGAUUCCAUACUUCAUGUCAGAAGACUGCGAACACUUAAUAAGAAGAAUGCUGGUCCUUGACCCUUCCAAGCGUCUUACUAUUUCUCAGAUUAAAGAGCACAAAUGGAUGCUGACAGAAGUCCCUGUUCAGAGACCAGUCCUUUACCCACAGAGUGAAGAAAAUGUUUCAGCUGUAGGAGGGUAUAAUGAACAGGUCCUGAGACUGAUGCACAGUUUAGGAAUUGACCAGCAAAAGACCAUUGAGUCCCUACAGAAUAAGAGUUAUAACCAUUUUGCUGCUAUCUAUUAUCUUUUGGUUGAGAGGUUAAAGUCACAUAGGAGUAGUUUCCCUGUGGAGCAAAGACUUGAUGCACGCCAGCGUCGACCCAGUACUAUCGCUGAGCAAACAGUUGCUAAGGCAAACCCUGUCAUGUCUCCAGUGAACCUUGUAUCUCAGAAUGUCCGUCUGAUGAGGCCUACUGUUCUACAACAAGCCUCUGGUGUUGACUCAUUCAAGUUCCCCCAGACAUCUUGUCAAUCAGAAGCUGGAUUCAUGGAGGAAGACAGUGUCAACACACCCAAGGUGAAUGGCUGUAUGCUGGAUCCUCUCCCUCCUGCAGUUGUGAGGAAAGGACGUCCAUCUUCUCACAGCAACAUGAUGGAAACCUCCAUCGAUGAAGGAAUAGAAACAGAAGAUGACACAGAAGAGGACCCAGCACAAGCAUUUGAUGCCUUCCAGGCCACCCGGUGUGGCCAGAGACGCCAUACCCUUGCAGAAGUGACUAACCAGCUUGUUGUGAUACCAAAUUCAGGGAGACUAUCUGCAGCAGAUAACCCCUUUUUAGCGAGUGUUGAUGCCGAAUAUGAUAUGGGAUCUAUUCAAAGUGAUCUUAGCUUUCUAGAGGAGACACCUUCACUGAAAGAGGUCAUGAUGGCCAAUCAGCCUGUAACAAGAAUGAUACCACCAUUCAUUGGACUAAGACCUGCAAAUCCAGCUAUGGAAGCAUUAACCUUGCAAAAGCGUGAAGCACACAAUCGGUCACCAGUUAGUUUCCGCGAAGGAAGAAGGGCAUCUGAUACCUCUUUAACUCAAGGCCUUGUAGCAUUCAGACAGCACCUUCAGAACCUGGCUAGAACUAAGGGAAUUCUGGAGCUUAACAAAGUUCAAAUGCUGUACGAGCAGAUGGGUUCCAGUGAAGACCCCAAUAUAACUUCUCCUACUCAUUUUCAAGAGCUGCUCAGCACUCAUCAGCAGGAUGAAUUGUGUAAACAAGAGAACGUCUCUGCCUUUCCCAACGGCAUGCAUCCACAUGUUCUGUCUAGAAGACAGAGUUUAGAAACUCAGUACCUGCAACAAAGAUUACAGAAAGCAAACCUACUUGCAAAAGCGCAAAACAGUUGUCAGAUAUAUGGCAAGGAAACACCAAGGAGUCUGGAGCAGCAAUUACAGGAACACAGACUCCUGCAGAAACGCCUCCUUCUCCAGAAGCAAUCUCAGCUCCAGGCCUAUUUUAACCAGAUGCAGAUUGCAGAGGACUCAUACCAGAGGUCAAACCAACAUAUGUCACACCCACACCAGGAACUGCAACAACCGCAGCAACCAGCACAGUUCAACCUAAACCAGCCACUCAGCCCAGUGAUGGAACCAUCUUCAGAACAAAUGCAGUAUGACCCGUUCCUCAGCCAGUACCACAGACUUCAUUUACAGACUCCCCAGCACUUACAACCCUUGCAGCAACCCCUUCAACAUGCGACAGAGCAGAUUCCCGUUCAGCAGCAGCAACAACUUCUGCAGUACUCUUAUCAGGCAUGUGAGAUACCAGUAGUAUCCCCCUCAGAACCAGAAUACCAGAAUCAGUGCCAGUAUUCUGUGGACCCAGCCCAGCAGCCCAGCAUAGCAGUAACUGACAGUCAAAAUAACUCCAGCCCUUGUGAGUCAUCCUCAGCAUAUGAGAACUUAAGUUUGCCAAAGUUACCUGGUGUUCUGGAUUGCGAAAUGAUGGAAACUGUUGACUCUCAGCAUGGAGGCUAUGUCCUCGUAAAUUAGCUGCAUUACCACUAGUGUUAUUUUGGUCAUAGAAGGAAAGAUGGGUGAAGAAGGAAAAAUGUGGGGGUUAAAUUUUAAUUAAAAGCUAUGAAAUUCAUAGCUUCAUUAUCUACCUGGAAAUGGUAGAAGAAAGAAAGCUGAAAAAACUUCCAAGUUAGCAUCCGCCAACUUUGGCUAGGACGUGGUGCUUGAGCAAUAGUCUGUCACAGUGUUGCACCCUGGUGACAGACACUGUCUGAAAGAACGAAGAGGGAAAUGUGCACUUUUUAACAAAAAAACAUUUUUACCAGCUUAUGAGAAGCACAACUGGCAAACAUUUUUAUAGGAAGACUGCAGAGAAGACCUUCCAGUUUUAGUGUUGUAUUUAUUGUAAGUGUUAAUUUCAUUAACAUCCCUCGUGGAAGGCUAAAUGUUGCAUAACAGGAAUGUGUGACUAGGAUGGUCUGGUAUAACCUUGUUCAUAAAAGCAAUAUUCUUAAAGGAGCCUAAUGAAGCCUUAUCUUAAGUUAGGCAGCCAGAGAACUUCAAAGAAGUUUGAACUACAUGAUAUACUUUUAUUUAAAUAGUCCCACCUCACUUCCCAGGUAGUUCCAGUAGGAAUUCUGCAUUUCCCUGAACACUAUUUAGAGUUAUCAAAUAAAUUGUUUUGUUUUGUACUUUUUACUGAAGAGAAACAAGUUUAAAAAUACAAAAACAGCAAAUGUUUGAAAAGUAAAGUAAUAGUUGUCACUGGUGAACAAAUCUUGCUGGUAACUGAAAAUGAAUCAAAUGGAUUUUACAUUCCUCUGAAAGAGUGCAGUCAUGAGGAAACAGUAAAGGUGGAAAGAAUUGCAGCACCCCAAAGGUAAACAGUUUGCUGCAAUAUAUGUUGACCAGUAAGAUGAGAUAUAAGCAGAACAGCAACAACAGGAAGUGAUAGCAAAGAGCGACAGGAUCAGGAAGUGACAUCAGUAGGUCAAGAAACACAACAUAGUGCAUUUUAAAGAGCAACAAGAUCAGGAAAUGACAUUAGUAGAUUACAAGUGACAGGAAAUGGUGCUGUGAAAUAAAGUUAAGCACUACAGAAGAUGUAAAAGUGUCAUCUGUUCUGGGAGACAUACAAGAACUGAGCCUACAUCUCCCUAGUCAUACCUGGGGAGUUUUGUCCUUUGUGGUUUUUAAAACAUCAUAUUAUUGUACUUUAAAUUUAUAGUGUUUGUUGCUGGUUGUUUAUGAAGCUUUGUACCCUUGGACUGUAAAUUAGGUUUUUAGAACCUGUAAAAAAAAAAUCUUUGAGAUAAAAAUAUAUAUGUGUGUUUGUGUGUGUGUGUG